AGAGAGAGAGGAGGAGGAGAGGAAGAGAGGAGGAGACGACGAACUGAAAGCAAGAGACAGAGGAUGAAUGAGAGGGAGAGAAGCUAAGGAAUGAUUUUGGGUUGCUAGAGGAGGCCAGGCCAGCUGCUAAGCAUUUUUAGUGUGUGCGUGUGUGUGCAUGUGUGUGCGUGUGUGUGUGUGUACGUUUGUUGGCUGAUGACGUGCGCUUUGCUCUGAGAUGGCGUUAGGAAUCCUGAUUGCUUUCAGCUCUGUGGAGGAGGCAUCCCAAUCCUCACAAGGGGCCCACAUGCUGUAACGUCUGUCUUCCGUGGCUUCUCUCCCUCGUGAGCGUGUGUGAGCGUGUGAAUGUGAGUGUUAGUGUGUACGUGUGUGUUCUCUUCCUCUUCUCCUCCCCCUCAUCUUCUUGUUCUUCUUCAAGAACUCCUACCUUUUUUAUUUUUCCUCCUUGCUUCUUCACCCUAGUAUCUUUUUCUCCAUCUCCCAGCUAUUUUUCCUCGUGGGGUGAGAUUAGCGGUGAUGAAUUUGAGCAUAGGUUGAGAGCUUCUUUUUUUGCCUGGGCAGCAUGGAUUGUCUUUGCAUUGUCACCACUAAGAACAGGCCACCAGCAGUACAGGGGUCACCCCACAACGGCCAGCCCCCACCCUGCAUGAACCCUGCCUUGAUGAACGCUCCCUGGCAGUACCAUUACCAAGAAGAUGACUCGCCGCCUCUUGAACAGGGAUUCCCACGACUCACCAAUGAGGUGCGCUCACCAGAGCUUGUGCACGUGUCCGAGAAGAACCUCUCUGAGAUUGAGAAUGUGCACGGCUACGUGUCCCAUUCCCACAUCUCUCCUCUCAAGGCCAGCCCUGCCCCAAUAAUUGUCAACACCGAUACUUUGGAGUCAGUUCCUUAUGUCAAUGGUACAGAAAUUGAAUAUGAGUUCGAGGAAAUCACUCUUGAGCGGGGUAACUCAGGGCUGGGCUUUAGCAUUGCUGGAGGAACAGAUAACCCACACAUUGGCGAUGACCCCGGCAUCUUCAUCACCAAGAUCAUCCCUGGAGGUGCUGCAGCAGAGGAUGGGCGCCUGAGAGUAAACGACUGUAUUCUGCGGGUGAAUGACGCAGACGUGUCUGAAGUUUCUCACAGUAAGGCAGUAGAGGCCCUGAAGGUUGCAGGUUCUAUUGUCCGGCUAUAUGUGCGGCGCCGCAGGCCAAUGCUAGAGACCAUCAUUGAGAUCAAACUCAUCAAAGGACCAAAAGGGCUUGGCUUCAGUAUUGCAGGUGGAGUUGGAAACCAGCACAUACCCGGGGACAACAGUAUAUAUGUUACCAAAAUCAUUGAUGGCGGGGCAGCACAGAAGGAUGGCCGGCUACAAGUUGGAGACAGAUUGUUAAUGGUGAACAACUACAGUCUGGAGGAAGUGUCUCAUGAAGAGGCUGUGGCCAUUUUGAAGAACACAUCGGACGUGGUCUACCUUAAGGUGGGAAAGCCCACCAAUGUCUACCUAUCAGAUCCCUAUGGGCCUCCUGAUAUCACACACUCUUUCUCUCCAGCCAUGGAAAAUCAUAUCUCUUCCCCCAUCAACAGUGGCACUCUGGAGUACAAGUCUGGUCUCCCCCCCAUUUCCCCAGGGAAUUUUUCCCCCAUCUCUAAGCACUUACUGGGGGAAGAGGAUAUAAACAGGUUGGAUGGUUUUUCCUUCUUACGAAAUCCUUCGCUAGAUGAUGGGGAGGGUCACAGGUUUGAUUCCCAGCACUUCCAGUUGAGGCCUCCUGAGCCAGUUUACAGCACUGUGAACAAACUAUGUGACAAAGCACCCUCCCCCCGACACUAUUCCCCAGUGGAGUGCGACAAAAGCCUCCUCCACUCUACCCCCCUCCCAAACUAUCACACAAGUCUGUUCCCUGACUUGGACGUCACCAGGGAACCCAGGAAGGUAGUGCUCCACAAAGGCGCCACGGGCCUCGGCUUCAAUAUCGUGGGUGGUGAAGAUGGCGAGGGAAUCUUUGUCUCCUUCAUCCUGGCAGGAGGGCCUGCUGACCUGAGUGGAGAGCUGCGGCGAGGCGACCAGAUCUUAUCGGUAAAUGGCAUUGAUCUACGAGGAGCCACACAUGAACAAGCAGCAGCAGCACUGAAAGGAGCAGGACAGGUGGUCACCAUCAUUGCCCAGUACAGACCUGAGGAGUACGGCCGUUUUGAGGCCAAAAUCCAUGACCUUCGGGAACAGAUGAUGAACCACAGCAUGAGCUCUGGGUCAGGAUCCCUGCGAACCAAUCAGAAGAGAUCGCUCUAUGUGAGGGCACUGUUUGACUAUGAAAAGUCAAAGGACAGUGGCCUUCCCAGCCAGGGGCUCAGCUUCAGGUACGGGGACAUCCUCCACGUCAUCAACGCCUCGGAUGAUGAGUGGUGGCAGGCACGCCGUGUCACCCCACAUGGGGACAGUGAGGAAAUGGGUGUCAUCCCCAGCAAGAGACGGGUGGAAAGGAAAGAGCGGGCACGUCUAAAGACUGUUAAAUUCAACGCCAAGCCGGGGUCAUUUGAUUCAAAAGGGUCAUUCAAUGACAAACGUAAAAAGAAUUUCAUCUUUACACGAAAGUUCCCAUUCUACAAGAACAAAGAGGGUGAGCAGGAUGGCAGUGAUUCAGACCGGAGUCAAGAGGAUGUGAUUCUAUCGUAUGAACCUGUGAUGCGGCAAGAAAUUAGUUAUGCCAGACCCGUCAUAAUCCUCGGACCGAUGAAGGACAGAAUCAACGAUGAUCUGAUAUCAGAGUUCCCAGACAAGUUUGGGUCUUGUGUGCCACAUACCACUCGGCCAAAGAGGGACUACGAGGUGGACGGGCAAGACUACCACUUUGUGAUGUCCAGAGAGCAGAUGGAGAAAGACAUCCAAGAGCACAAGUUUAUUGAGGCGGGACAGUACAAUGAUAAUCUUUAUGGAACAAGUGUCCAGUCUGUGAAAUAUGUGGCUGAAAGGGGUAAACACUGCAUUCUGGAUGUGUCUGGAAAUGCCAUCAAACGACUACAAGUAGCACAACUCUAUCCCAUUGCCAUCUUCAUAAAACCUAAGUCUAUUGAUUCAUUAAUGGACAUGAAUAAGAGACUGACAGAGGAGCAAGCCAAGAAAACAUUUGACAGGGCUAUGAAGCUAGAGCAGGAGUUUGGUGAAUUCUUCACAGCUCUGGUACAAGGAGACACCUUAGAAGACAUUUAUAACCACUGCAAACAGGUCAUAGAGGAACAUUCAGGACCCUAUAUCUGGAUCCCCUCAAAGGAAAAACUAUAACUCAUCACCCUGGAAGGGAGUCUGGACUGCUAGAAACUAGUAAUAAGAUGUAAAAUAUGAUAACUGUAUUGCGAUGAACAGUCUUCACAAAUAAUUAUUCUGAUAUGUUUUUUUAAUUUUGUUUUAUUUUCUCUCUGGUUUGGUUAUUGCUUUGUUUUUCACUCUACAUGAAUGUUCCUGAAUGUAUACUGGAAAGUGUUUAGGAAACAGUUUAGGAAACAUGAACUGUUAUUGGAUAUUUGAUGAUUUUUAUUUGAACAAAAUGGAAAAGAAAUGGCAUGGAAACUAAAUAAAUAUGGGUAUGUGUCCAUGUCGGCACUGUGUUAACAGGAAAUUGGAGAUGGUAUAUAUGUUACGGAUGUCUUUGCUUUGCUAACAUAGGAAGGAAAAUAGGUAUUCCAACUCUCCCUUCACAUUACAGCAACUAACAAAUAAUAGCAAAAUUAUAAAGUUUAAUGUUUUGUCUGAGUUUGCAUCUGUGCAUCCCCUGAAAACAGCUUUAUUUUUGUUUACACUGUCAGUUCUUCCUUAAAUCACUGUAUUUAUUUCUCUGACAUGAGGAUGUGUGAGGAAAAUGUUUUAUUCACUGUAAAAUUGUCAUGUCAUUUUUUUAUUAUUUAAAAGCAGACAUUACUUAUUCAGCUGUUGCACUGACAAUGAUAAGUAAAGGGAGAAAGCUGCUAUCUGUAAUGGAGAUGUAACACUAUAUUUUGCUACUUAACUUGCUAGAGGGCACAAAAGCACAGAAUUAUUUAUUAUUCAGAACAUAACUUUGAUUAAAAGGUCAUUUAUAGAGCAUAUUUUAUUUGAGUGAUGUAGUAUGUUGUGACUGGAUGGCUGGGAAUUUUAUAGUUAAAGAGACAUCUGAUGUUCCAAUAUUUUGUAGACUUGGAGAGGAGAGGGUAGUCAAAGUAGUGAUUUAAUUUAAUACUGAAACACAUUUUUGUCUUUUGAAACUAACAGCAGGACAGCGAAGAAUAUGAAUAAAAAUAAAGAAAAAUGUUUUUGAAAGAAUAAAAAUUGGACAAAAUGCAAAUAUUAUCAAACAUGAAUAUUCUGUAGCAACAUUGUGGAGUCAUAAAGGAAGAGAAGAGAAGGCAAUUUAGAUGUGUUGUUUCCUCAGGCAGGCAGUUCCAAUGUCCUAAUGAGAAAUGUUUGACAAUAAUGAUUGAUUUACAGAUUGGGAAGACCUAACACACAGUCUGAUUUAAAACACAUACACAUUACACACACGUUAUUUGCAAUUGGUGUUUUCUUCUGCAGUGUUUCCCUUUGGAAUAAAAAAUAUCAGUUUGACUCUGACUGCUGAAUAUUAACUACAGAUAAAGGGGGGGGUGAGGGACUGAAGAUUUUGCCACUUUAGAAGUGCAUUAUGAGGGAAUCUGUAAUGGCCAGUAUAAACCAGAGGAAUGAUUACUGCAAACAGUUUCAAUGUUCAUAUGAUAUGAAAAUUGUGAACCUGCCCUUUAAUUGUUUGGUAUGAAAAUAUAACCAUUUAAUGAUAUUGACAAUGUACACAAAGUAUUAAUCAUCAGUGACAUCAGCCUACAGUAUUGACCCUCAGGUAGCCUGUCACUGAACCUUAAUGAUUACAUCUCUGUGUGAUGUGUCUGAGCUAUAGAAACCAUGACUUGAGAAAUGAGCAGAACACCUGACAGGAUAACAAGGACUAUCCUGAAUCAUCUACAGAGAGCCUGGAGACCUGAAUAAAGUAAUCUCAGAUUUAUUGCCAUUUUGUUCAGAAGAGGGGGAGCCCUGAUUAUCCUGCGCAGAUGCUUAACAGACCAAGCAUGAUACAGUAUAUCCACUAUAUAUAGUUUACUCACCAGUGGCUUGCCUUGUUUGAAAGGGCAUACAAUAUAGUACCUCGCUUUAUUAAAAUUAGAAAAUAAAUAUCCAUCAUGUACUUAAAGCACUUGGAAUGGCUAAUGCAUCUAACCAAUGUGAUGAUCUUCCUGUUCUGUUUAAUUGCUAUGCCAUUGGCUGUUAGACUCCCAUGACAAGAAUUUGUGAGUGAUAUAUAUUCUAGUGUUACUGCUAUUUGAUUUAGACAGCAUGUUUCACCCAACCUGUUUAAAAUUAAAUAUAGAAGUUACGUUAAUUGCAGGUAUGUUUCUGGUCAAUGGGACAUUUCAAAAGUGCACUUAAUCAUUGUUUUUUGUAAUGAAAAUAGGCACUGUAUGGUAAUGAGGCAAAUAUAAAUCACAUCCAUUGAUUAUUCUGUAAGAUGGAACAGUGAAACCUGAGAAGAUUGAACUGCUUGUAUGGACCACAUACUGUACCUGUAGUAGACUGAUGUGAAGCAAGUAAAACACACUGCAGUUUCUAAAAUGAGAGUGUUUUUUGAAGAAGAUACUGUGUUUAUGAAGACAUAAGAUCAUCUUUCUCUUCUCCCUUGUCAUAGGUUGGUUGUGGCUGAUGGACAUUUUCAGCUGUGAUAUGUGUUGGUCAAUGCAUAUGUUUGCAAUAUGUUUCAAGAUAUCUACCAUUAUUCUUUUGCAAAUUUUCCAUAAAGUAUUGGUCACCACUUGCCUUAACAGAGUAGGUUUACUGUGCAUCAAAGAUGGAAGCUUAUAAUUGUACUUUUCCUUUGACAAUAGAAAAUUAUAUUUAGUCCUCCUUCAUGUAAGAGAGCUGAAUGAAAUCUAAGCUAUAUGACAUUGUGCUGAGGGUGCUGACACCUUGUACUUACAACAUUAAAGGCUGAAGAGAUAUUUUAUAUUUUGUAAUUUUAUCUUAAAAAUUAGCAUUUCUGUGGCAACAAGAAAAACCUUUUAAAAUGAUGCUGAAUGAUGAGACACCUCAAUAUUUUGGCCAUUGUUUUUCAAAAGUGUAAUUGGCCAGCAUUAUGAUGACAUAUAAAAGAAAAUAUAUCAUCAAUAUUCUGGCUUGAUACUUAUACAGUAUUUCCAAAGUCAUUGUGAAAAUCGUAACACAUGAUAUUUUACAGGCCAGUGGGGAUUUUUGUGUGGAAAUGUAAAGGAUGUCUGACCUAUGCAUGUUUCAACAGUCUUCUGUGUCCUGUGGAUGUGCAAUAUUUCGACACAACUGAAGCAUUGAGGUACUUGCUGUGUUUUAACACAUGAUCAAAUUGCAAUUUUUAAUCAUUUAAUCAGACUUGUGUCUAUUUUAAACCCAAAUAAAAACAUUGUUGUAAGAGGUGUUGUCCAAGCAAUAUGUUUGGUUAUCACAUUUAUUAUAUUCCCUUUUCAGUUGUUUAAGUUGUAAACCUGAAUUCACAUCAUGAUUUUCUUGUUGUUAACAUUACUAACCCCAUAAAAUAUAUAUUUAACCAAAAGUAAGUAUUUCAACUACAUCUUACCAGGUCAGUGUUUUCUACCCAACAAUAUGCCUUGCCAUUGUGUCUAUAUUCAGGUGCAUUCUUCAGUAAUGGUGCACUAAUAAGGUGCUCCUCAUCAACAUUUUGAGUCUUAGAUAGACAUGUUCACCAGCAUGAAUUUGCCCUGAAACUGCAGACAAAGUGGUGAACUGGAAAAAGUUCCAUGACAGACUGACUUUUAGUAUUAGCUGUAAUUCCUUUCAACAUAGUGCAGUUGAUGCCAGGCUUUCAUCUUCAUUUCCACCCUGCAGCGAGUUCUCCAUUGUUCCACUUCAAGUGAUGUACAUCAGUGAUUGAUAGAUACAAUAUGAUAUCACACAACAUUUUCUGCUUCAUGAGUUUGUGAGGGUUACCUGAACAUCUUAAUAAACAACUGUAUAGGGCAGCGAAGGAUGGAUUAUGAAGGAUAGAAUCGUUGUUUCUUCCAAAUUAAAGAAAAUUAAAGCUGCUUUCGUCAGCCACAUUUGGAUGAGAAAUUGAAUUGACCUUGGCAUGUUCUCUUUAUAAAUGAGAGUUUAAACACCUGAAUUAAGACACAACUGUAUUCUGUUGUUGUUAAUACCAUGUUUCUGUAGGAGUACAAACUAUUUUCUGUGCAAUUUGUUUGACAUGUUAUUGAUUAGAAAUGUUUACAUAAUAUUCAUGAAUUAAUGUUGGUGAUGAUGGUGUUGUUCAUAAUGGGAUUGGAAUGGGAGUGAUCGAAAACUUUUUUUACUAAAGCUAAAUACACCUUUGUGUAAGUAAAUGAAUAAAGGGGAGAAAUUAAUAACUUAAAAAAAUAAUUUGUAUAGUGUCAACGAGCAAAAGGAUUUCAAAUUCUGAAUAAAUUCUGUUUUGUCUCUAAAAUAUUGACCUUUUGU